GCCCGAUCCGGGGCUCAGCGCCGGCCGCUGCGUCGCUCCAGGAGCCUCCGGUUCUGCCCGUGUGCCGUGCCCGGCCCGGCCCGCGGAGCCCGCGCCGCAGACAUGGGAAAAUCACUUUCUCACCUGCCUAUGCAUACAUGCAAGGAAGAUGGCUAUGAUGGAAGCUCAGUGUCUGAUAAUGUGAGGAAUGGUUUAGUUCACUCAGAAGUGCACAAUGAGGACAGCAGAUGUGGAGAUGUGUCGCAGUUUCCCUAUGUGGAAUUUACAGGAAGAGACAGUGUCACCUGCCCAACCUGCCAGGGAACAGGAAGAAUUCCACGAGGGCAGGAAAAUCAGCUGGUAGCCUUAAUUCCAUACAGUGAUCAGAGACUGAGGCCAAGAAGAACAAAGCUCUAUGUGACUGCUUCUGUAACUGUGUGUUUACUACUUUCUGGGCUGGCUGUAUUUUUCUUGUUUCCUCGCUCGAUUGACGUUCAGUACAUUGGCGUGAAGUCCGUAUAUGUCAAUUACGAACAGGACAGGAGGAUAAUCUAUCUAAAUAUUACAAACACACUCAAUAUAACAAAUAACAACUAUUACUCUGUUGAAGUUGCAAAUAUCACAGCCCAAGUUCAGUUUUCAAAAACAGUUAUUGGCAAAGCACGGUUAAACAACAUCACCAACAUUGGUCCACUGGAUAUGAAACAGAUUGAUUAUAUGGUGCCCACAGUCAUACAAGAUGAAAUGAGCUACAUGUAUGACUUCUGUACUUUACCAUCUAUCAAAGUACAUAACAUAGUAGUGAUGAUGCAAGUGACAGUGACAACCUCAUACUUAGGCCACCCUGAGCAAAUAUCCCAGGAGAGAUACCAGUAUGUGGACUGUGGAGGAAACACGACCUACCAGCUGGGCCAGUCAGAGUAUUUAAAUGUCCUUCAGCCUCCACAGUAAAAGCACCUGUUGGUUGGUGUGGAAUGACUGCUGUUGGUGCUUGCAGAGAUCCUUUGGAGAGAACUGGUGUUACAUGGAGUGGAGAGCACGUGCGAUGUACAGCAUAGCAAACGUGGAGAUCUGUACACUUUAGAUGCAAGGAGGGAAAGGUGCAAAUUGUAAAUAGGUGCACUUGUUAAGUGUUGUGUUUUCCCCUUCUGUUUGCUUUCUGUUACUGUAAGCACUUCUGUCGAGUUGUGUGGUGGGGGGAGAGGGUGAAUAUCAGAUUCUUGAACAGAACUGGGACUCUUCCUUACAGUGUGGUACAUCAACUUAGAGUAACUGUGUAUGUCUGUGUUUAGGUGAAAUGUGUGUCACUAAUGAACAUUUUUUAAGAAUAAUACUCAUAAAUUUUAAGUUCAUACUUCAGUUCUUGAUAUUUGACAGUUGAAAACCCAGUAUUACUACUUAAAUAACAAGAAUACUUUGAGGUGUCUGGGUAUGAUAAUUCCUAUUAGUAAUCCAGAGGCAGUAGUUCUUUAUUUUGGGAUUCUACACUUAAUUUGCUAUCCAUGAUUAGAGGUGACAUGCAGUCCAUGAAAGCCAAGGAAGCUCUCUUGGAUGACGCUAUAGUUGAAUGUGCAGUUUCUAGAAUCUGGGAUCUUUUCAUUCAUAUUCCCUCUCGCCAAUUCUGGGUUGUUACAAGGAGAAUAUAUAUUGUUAGAUUUAAAGCUGAGUUUAAAACUAAACAAGAAACAACCCCCACAACAAUUACUGACAAAGGAAAAAUACAGGACUCUGGAAAAAUGAACAAGACUUUACCGGUCUGUUUUUUAGUAAGCUUUUUAGAACAGGUAUUAAGAUCAAGAUUAUGUAGUUGGAGCUAGGUGGGAAACUUUGAGCAUGGGUUUGGAGAGCUUGGUGUAAAUUUUUGUGGUUUUUACUGUUUUAAUAUAUUGUGUACCUAAGCAACAUUUAAGUGUUAAUAUGCUGGGCUGUGUUUAUUUCUUGCGCAGGCUCAGUAAGCAAAUGCAGUAGUUAUCUGUACCUCCAGAGCACUCAACGGUCACAUCAAAGUUAUGUAAGGGAAGAUGAAGCAAUUCUUGCUGUAGGAGUAAAUGCUUAUGUAAUUGUGAGAUUACUGACUGACAGAUGAAAUAGUUUCUGUAGCACAGUUUGCACAUGCGAAUUUAUGGGGUAGUUGUCAAUCAUGAUGGUUAUAAACUUUGGGUCCAAAGUUGUUAGACUCCUGAAGGCUGACUGUUCAGAGGCUGACUGUUAGCUUUUUAAUUAGCUAGAUCAGGAUUGUUUUAUUUCUGAAUCAGGUGAGAUGCAGCUGUAAGAAGGUACUAUUUGAGACUGUUGCAUUGUAAUGAAUAAUGUAUUUUUUAAAAUAGCUAUUAUUGGUUUUAUGCUUCCUCUCUCCUGGAAAUAAGCUACACAAAAUGAAAUGGCAAUAAACUCAAUAGAAAAAGGCUUCUGAGUUAUUUGCCGCUAACAAUCUCUGAUGCUCCAGUACUUCAGUGAAGAUACAUGUCUACAUUAUUAUUUUUCUUUGGUGGUCUCUCUUAGAUGGACCUAAGGGGGUGGAUGGGGAAAAAAUGUGGGUGAUGUAAAACUGAUUUAAAAGACAUUAAGUAACCAUAAUAACCCCCCCACCCUCCUCUAUUUGAGUGGCUAUGAGCACUUACUCUGAGAGUCUCUGAAAACUUUUGGAAUCUCAACUGUCAGCUUCAUAUGGUUGAUAAGAUGUAGACUUCAUCUUUUGCCUUUAGAGAACUUCUGUAACUGGAGUAGUCAAUUGAGAUGACUUAUUGUAGUUAUAUUCUGAAGAUUAUUCUUGAUUUUGGGCCCUUAAAAGUAAACAUUCUUUAUGAAAGCUCACAGUCAUGAGGGAAACUAGUUCACAGCUGACUCACCUUUCUAGAGUUUAGAUGAGGUUCAGUCCUCUAGCUGCUAAAAUGCAUUCAUAAGCUUGUCUGAUAGCCUGAAAAGAUACAAGUGAUAACUAAAGACCAGGAGAGUGGGGAGCUAGCUAGAAGCAGAGAGGUAAACUCAUGAUACCUGUUGUAGAAAGAUAUGCUAAUAAUGGAGAGUAGAGAGAGAAUUCUGGUUUAAAUCAUAUCAGAACUGAAGUCUGCCACCAAGUGACACAGGCUCUUUUCUUCUAGGCUUAAAUAUUUAUACACUAGAAUGUUGUUUUUGUUUGGGAGUUGUUGUUGGUGGUUUUUUUGAAAUAGAAAAAGAAGAAAACAGCUGUAGGCAGAUAGUUAUAUUGAUUUAAAACAAUAUUUUUCUUCCAAGGAUGAAAAGUUGUCUAAAAUAACUGGAAUGGCACAAUGAUCAAAUUAUUUGGUGACAGUAGUAAAUGCUGCUUUUGAACAAGCAUGACAGGGAGGAAGUAACACUUUAUGCAAUGUUGAGACUCAAAGUGGCUUUUGAAAUUUUGGUGGACAUGCUGAGCAAAAUCAAUAUUUAAAUCUGUUGUUCUUAACUUUGCAUGAAGUGCUUAGAAUUUGCUGGUUUAUAUUAAAGAAUUGAGUGGAGUUAUUCUUUCCAUGUAUGUAUCAGGAGGGAGAAGAUAAAACUCAGUUCUUUUUAUCUAGGAUAUCUAAACAUUAAUUUGUGAUAGAUUUAAUGAGUAAGGAAGAGUUCUCAUAUUAAGAAACAAACUGUGGGUUAAAGAUCCUACUGAAUUCUCAAAUCAAGCCUGUAACAGGAGAAUGAAUGGUUUAAGGUUCCAAGUGCAAGUAUUCCCUUGCACAACUGUUAGCAUAUUACUAACCAAAUAAGGCAAGUAUUUCAAUUUAUCUACUGAUUUUAAUAUAACAUCUCAUCAAAUAAGCAGGUAAACAUCUCUGUGAAUAUUUAACUAAUACUUGCUGUAUGUGACUGAGUUUGGAAACAUGCUAAGGGAGCUCACCAUUGACUUAUAUAACUUUGUAAACAAGGUGUCAGUAUAGAUCCAAUACUAGAACUUUCAUUUUUCACAUUUGUUUUAUCUUGUUCUUAAAAUAAAAAAGGCAAGCCUUUCAGUUCAGUUGUAAAUCAAUAAAUACAAUUCUCUCCAGAAAGCUGGCUUGAAAAGUUACAAUUUUUUCCUGGUUAUCUUAUGGGUAUCUUCUGAAGUGAUUUAUAUUUCACUUGUAACUUCUUUUAGUCUUCAAACACUAUCAAAUACCUUUUUACCGGUGUGUAAAAGUGUGUUUCUUUCUAGUAAAAUUCUUUUCACUUGAAUACUUUGUAGCAGUUCCUCUACCAAAACCUGUUGCACUUUAAAGUGGAAGCUCUGUUAGUUAUUUCUUAAAACAGUAAGAUAUAGCCCAGAUGUUGCACUGUAAUGACACUAUUUAAAAUCAGCUUAAUGUAUUCUGUUUAAAGUAACAGUAAAAUUUCAAAAUUUUAAGGAAGUAUGGAACACUUUAUGCAUAAGAAUGUUGACUAUUUGGCCGUUGAAGAACAAAGUUAUUGUACAUUUCAAAUACACUGCUUUAAAAAUAAAUUAAUGAAUAAAUAACCAUCCAAGAUCCAAACCAUCAAAGAUUAUUUGGAGAGAUUUAAAGGGAAGCACUCUUACUAAAAGAUGAAAUACCUGACUUUCUUGAAUUCCUGGUAUGGGAAAAAGCCUGUAGUAGUUAAUUCAUAAUUUCUUUACUCGUCUCCGUGUCAUGGGGAUGGUUGCUUAAUUUCUGAUUUCUUGUGAAGACAAACUAUAAGUAUCUUUUUCCUCUGCAGUGUAACUUUGAAGUUCUUAAUGCAUUUCUGAUGUGUGCAUGACCUUGAUAAUAACAUUGUAGUGUUUAUAUUUUGCAGCCUGAUGUUGGCAGAUUUGAGUACAUUUUAGUUGACUUUGCUUCAAAUUGUCCUUGAAGUUCUGCAAAUGAAUAUAUUUUUUCACAGUAGUGCAUUGCAAACAUGCCUGGGCUUUUUAGCAUGUGGUAUAUAAAGGGAACCAUUUAAACACCAAACCUCUAAGUGCUUGGAUUGAACUGUGAGGGUCUUUAACCUGACUGGAGUGGUGUGCGCUCUUGAUGGAAGGGAUGGUGCUUGGAGUGGUGUGAGAGAAAUUUCUAUAUUCAGAAAAUGUUAGAAGAGAAAUUGUGUUAUUUCUUAUUCAGCAUUUAAGUCUUCCUUUUUUUUUUUUUUUUUCCUCCUUUUUUUGAGGGGUGGUAGUUGUGGUUUUGUUUUUCUUCCCACCGCCCCCUAAUCUAUAGCAAGACAUCUGUUCCCAGACAGCACCUUCUGAAAUGAGUGUCUUGUUCCAAAGUUGGGCAGCUGCAGGAAGCUUCAUAUCAGCUGAACUGCACUUGUAGAGUUGAGAGAUGAGAAAGAUUAGCAAUAGUACCUCUAAGAAUUUUUUACUUGCCUGUCUAACAAAAUGCCACAACCCUAGUAAUGCUUCCAGGCUUUCCACUACUGAAAGGGAAAAAUAAAUAAUGCAAGUGCAACAAAUACACUUCAGCAAUGGACUACUUGCAACCAGCAAAAUACUUGUUAGUGAUGACCCUGGUCAUGCCAAAAAGUCUUUUUUUUUUUUUUUUUUUGGCCCAGGGAAGGAGGAAUAGAUCCCAGCCAAAAAAAAUGUGGAGAACAAUUAUUUGGCUGUGGCAAACACCCAGUGUUUGUUCCACUUCAGAAGUCACCUUCCUAUUUUAUAUUUAGCUUGGGAAUUCUGAUCAUUACCAGAGGAAUAUUUUGGGGUAGUUCUAUUGCCUGCAGCUUUCGCCAUGUAAAUCUAUUUUUCCAUGGGGUAGGCAGGCCUGUUGGCCAGGAAAAACAGUCUGCAUGGGAUCUGCACACUUUGUAUGGAGAGCCCUGCAGUCUAGUGGGAGACUGUUCAGUGGGAAUAACUUCCUGAUCCUCAUGCUCUCCUCUUCCAGCCAUCACAAAGGUCCUACAGCUUGGAUGCAUGUGUUUCCUGGGUACUGAAACUGCUUUUGCUUUGCAUGGGCAGGGAUGAUUAGUACCACACAUGUAAGUGUAUUAUGGUGCCUGAAUAUUUUGGGUCUGACUGACUGUGAUUUAGUUCUUUUGUUUGUUUUAAGGAAGCAAAUUUAACUGCUGUUAACAUCCACUGUACAGAGUGUGCAUAUAAUAGCUUGAGAUAUGUAUAGAAAUACUAAUGAGUGAUAACUAUUUUUGUAACUUAAGAUGUCCUUGUAACUGUGUAGCAAACAAUCUAUCCAGUAAAGCAUGAUAAUAAACACUCUAGAAGUCAAA